AGUUUUAUUGUUUAAGUGCACUUUUGGCAACAACUGUAUCUUACUGUAGUAUAGAAGAUGACAGUGUACUGCAGUUUAUCAUAUUCAUUAAUAUUUAACAAAAGAACACCAUAUAUUCUGCAAACAUAAACAGAAAUACACUUACAGUUCCUAGUUUAUUUUCUGGUGUAAUUGAAUCAUUAGUUCUGUUUAUGUCUUUACCUUCUGUGAAUCUAUUUUUUUUUUACAGGCGAAUGAUGUUCAUGGUGGUCAGAGUGGGACUCCACUGUUGGAUUGAUGCUCAUGAGAGGUCCUCUAAUCACACUAAUGCUCUAGUGAAGAACACCACCAAUGACUCUUCCUCUAAUGAUGCUCUAGUGAAGGACACCACCAAUGACUCGUCCUCUAAUCACACUGAUGCUCCAGUGAAGGACACCACCAAUGACUCGUCCUCUAAUCACACUGAUGCUCCAGUGAAGGACACCACCAAUGACUCGUCCUCUAAUCACACUAAUGCUCUAGUGAAGAACACCACCAAUGACUCGUCCUCUAAUCACACUGCUGCUCCAGUGAAGGACACCACCAAUGACUCGUCCUCUAAUCACACUGCUGCUCCAGUGAAGGACACCACCAAUGACUCUUCCUCUAAUGAUGCUCUAGUGAAGAACACCACCAAUGACUCGUCCUCUAAUCACACUGAUGCUCUAGUGGAGAACACUACCAAUGACUAG